CGCUGGGGAAGGAAAGAGAGAAGAAACAGAUAAAACCAGGGCAGGGGGUAAAAAGGUGCCCCGCGCCUCUCGGAAUCCAGCGGCCGCUGUCGCCGCCGCCGCUGCGACCGGGGGUGGGCUCCGGAAGAGCCGGCCCGGCAGGGGAGAGGACAAGCCAGAAGCGAAAUCCUGCAGGCGAGGAAGAGAGAGAGGCGCAAAGAAAAAGUGACUCCGGCCGUGCGCCCCGGAGGCGCUCAGGAGGGGACUGCAGCCGCGAAGGGGCCCCUGCCGAUCCUCCCCCUACGUCCUCGGAGGGGGCAGACCCCGGCCCGCCCCUAGGGGCGCGAGGCGAUGAGAUAAUCCAGCUGAGCUGAGAAAGGAGAGCGUCUGGCGCUGGAUUGGGGGGAGGAGGGUCUCCGGGUGGGGUGGGCCUCGGAAGUGGGGGUGAGGGUCGGCGCUGAUCCCCGGCCAGAGGGGGGCGGGGGCUGCUGGGCCGCGCCGGAGUGGGCUGCAGGGACCUCGCGCGCGGGGCUCACUCGCGCUGCGGCGGCCCGCGCGCUCCGUCCAGCUCGGAGCUGCCCCGCGCCCCAGCCGCCUGCCCAGCCAGUCGCUCCGGCCCGCGGCGCAGAUGGCUGUGCGCGGCGCCAACACCUUGACGCCCUUCUCCAUCCAGGCGAUCCUCAACAAGAAAGAGGAGCGCGGCGGGCUGCCCGCGCCGGAGGGGCGCCCGGUCCCCGGGGGCACAGCGGUGGCAGUGGCUGCUGCGCCCGCUGUCUGCUGCUGGCGGCUCUUUGGGGAAACAGACGCCGGCGCGCUGGGGGGCACCGAGGACUCUCUGCUGGCGUCGGCUGCCGGGACCAGAACGACUGCGGGGCGGACCGCGGAAAGCCUGGGCGGCUGGGACUCGGACUCCGCGCUGAGCGAGGAGAACGAGGGCGGGCGGCGCUCCGCGGACGCGCCGGGGGCCAGCGGGACAGGCCGUGCGGGGGGGACCCUGGGCCUCGGCCAGCCGGUCUGCGAGCUGCCCGCCGCCAAGGACCUGGAAGAGGAAGCCGCCGGCCGGAGCGACAGCGAGAUGUCGGCCAGCGUCUCAGGCGACCGCAGCCCGAGGGCCGAGGACGACGGUGUUGGCCCCGGAAGCGCACGCGUGUCCGCGCUGUGCAGCGGUGCCGGCGGCGGCGGCGGCGGCGGCGGCGGUGGUAGAGGCGGCGGCGGCGGCGGCGGCGCGCCGGCGGGCGGCGCGGAGGAGGAGGAGGAGCCCGCGGCGCCCAAGCCGCGCAAGAAGCGCUCGCGGGCCGCCUUCUCCCACGCGCAAGUCUUCGAGCUGGAGCGCCGCUUCAACCACCAGCGCUACCUGUCCGGGCCGGAGCGCGCAGACCUGGCCGCGUCGCUGAAGCUCACAGAGACGCAGGUGAAGAUCUGGUUCCAGAACCGUCGCUACAAGACCAAGCGUCGGCAGAUGGCCGCCGACCUGCUGGCCUCGGCGCCCGCCGCCAAGAAGGUGGCGGUGAAAGUGCUGGUACGCGACGACCAGAGACAGUACCUGCCCGGAGAGGUGCUGCGGCCACCCUCGCUGCUGCCACUGCAGCCCUCCUACUAUUACCCUUACUACUGCCUCCCUGGCUGGGCCCUCUCGACGUGCGCGGCCGCCGCGGGCACCCAGUGAGCCGCACUGGGGCGAGGCAGCGAAUGAUCCCCGCGCCCCAGCUCCGGAUGGCCGCUGACGGCUGUGCAGGUUGUGCCCGGUACAGAGGCGCCCCGCCGAGGGGGCAAGUGAAGGAUGAAAUCCAGCCCUGGCUCUGCUCUCCAGGAUGUGCGCCCUGGCAGCGGGACUGAGUCUGCCCAGAGGGGGCGCCUUUUUCUAAUUUGAACAGAGGCACCCUUAUGGCCUCGGGGCCCUGCUCCCCGCUCACCGGCCUGGAAGCCCUUGGACAUUAUUUAUUACCACGACAAUGUUGGAUUUGGAUUGUAUCUGCCUGGGGAUGGCGUUUCCCCGGAGCAGAAAGAACUCCUGGAAACCACAUAGCCUGAAUCCCCAGAAUUUCAGGCCUGCCGGGAGCUUCGUGCGCUAGGCCACACUAGUUCAUGGUAUCCAUGCUACCAAUCUAUGUGUAUCUACAUAUCUAUUAUUUUUGGAAAUUGCAUUAGUAACAAAGGGGUGCAGAACCCUGGCAGCCCCAAGGAACCCCAGGCCAGGGAGUGAUUUGAACCGUGAAGGGUUUAGUUUUUGGCUCUCCGUCCCACCCUUCCCGGUGUGAGAGCUCCUGCGGGGGCACCCGAUUGGGUGCUGAAUGUAAGGAAGGGGGUCUCCGAGCACAGGGCAGGGCAGGGGCCCGGCAUCUUGCCUCUCAGAGGUCCAGGACCCGGACCAACUGGAGGCCUGGGAACUCCCAACCAUGAGAGCAAACCCAGGCAGCCCUUCGCAGAAAUUUUCCUUUAUUUCUUUUUAUUUUUUUAAAGGAGGUUAAAACUUGUAGCACUUUUCAGUUGUUUGUAUUCAAAUGACGGUUAUUUUUGUAUUCAAUGUGAAUACCCCUGACCAGCCUUUCCGUGGCGUCCUCCGCAGUUCUGCCGGGCCCUCUGUCUCUACCGUCCACUCUCCGCGACUCCUGCGUCCUGACCAGGAAAUCUCCCAUCCCUGUCCCUGCCCCUAAGACAGGUGUGUCAACCUCGCCGCUUUUCGCCUCCUUAAGGGCACUGUGCACUCACUAGAGUAUUAACUUUUAAAAAAAAAAUUUGUGAAGUUUGGAAGCUCUAUUCGCUGUAU